AUGGAAUUUACCCGUCGCUGUCAUCGCGCUACGAAUCUGCUCAAGCUGUUGGCUCUGUGUUUUACCGCACCGAUCUGGGCUGCAUCGGGUGCAGAUCACCUGUGUGUACCCAAUGCCAGCGGUGAUGGCUGGGAUUGUGAUCCUUACAGCGACGAAGUACCGCCUUUUACCUGGAACCAGGUCGCCCCCAUCGCAGCGCCGGUUAUACAGGUGCCGCCGCCACCCAAGGUGAACUCAGUCCCCGAAGAUCCAGCUGUCCCGGCGCGCAACGCUGAGCCUAUCGAGGCGAAUACGGACCCUGUGACCGGUUUGAGCAAUCGCCCCGAAGACUGGUACACCCCCAGCGUGCCGCGGCCGACAGAUCCGGAACAUCGUCUGUCUGAGGAUCUUGCCGAAUCACUGUAUGUGGUCAGCGAUGGCGGUGGUAUUUGCCCUGGCAGCUAUCAGGAGCGCGCUUUUACACUGCCGCUGGAUGCGGAUGAUGAAACACAGCCUGUUGUCAUCCUUGCCGAUGGCCUCUCCAGUAUUGUUGGUCAAAGCGCCAGCAUGGUAGGGAAUGUGACUAUCGAGCAGGGCAAUCGGCUGAUUCGUUCGCCAGUUGCUCAGCUAGACUACCCCUCGCAGAUUGUGGAAUUUCCCCAGGGGCUGAAACUGGACCAACCCGGCUUGAUCAUGCAGGGCGCCCAGGCCACUGUGCAUCUGAACACCAAGCAGGCAGAUCUCAGUGGGACCCAGUUUAUUCUUACCGAUGCUAAUUUGCGGGGUCAGGCGUCAAAUCUGUUGCAGAACGAUGCCGGCGAUCUGACCUUGCAGGGUAAUCAGUUCACUCGCUGUGAGCCGGGCAAUAACGGCUGGGUACUGCAAACCAAAGAGCUGGUAAUCGAAAAGGAUGCCGUGUUCGGGACGGCGAAACAUGCUGUAUUGAAAUUAAAGUCAGUACCCGUUUUCUAUACACCGCGCCUGCAGUUUCCGGUUUCCGAUCAGCGCCUGUCCGGGUUUCUGUUUCCGAAUUUGGGUUAUUCAGAUGAAGACGGCGUUGAUGUUGCCGUGCCCUAUUAUUUCAACCUGGCCCCAAACUACGACGCUACGCUGAUUCCACGUUAUAUCAGCGAACGCGGUGCCGGAGCGGAACUGGAAUUGCGACAGAUGUCUGCAUGGCAGUACACAACGCUCAGCGGGGGAUUUCUGCCCAGUGACAACCUCUAUAACGGCGAAGUUAACCGUGAUGAUUUUGACGAGGCUGGCGGCACCGCGGUGCUUGGUCCUUUUGAUUCAGCUGACAGAUGGCUGGGGGCGAUAGAUCACCAGGGCCAGAUCGGCGCAUUCCGCACCCUGAUUGAUUACACCAGUGUCAGUGACCGGGAUUAUUUCCGCGAUCUUGGCUCCGAUCUGGGCGUUUCCAGUCGCCGGGAGCUCGAACGUAAAGGUGAAAUACAGUACAACCAGGGCGGUUUAUUCAUGCGCUUAUGGGCGCAGCGAUUUCAGCGCCUUGAUGAGUCGGUCAUCGACGAUUACCAGCGCUUACCUGAGCUUGAAGCGGUAUAUACAACGCCCAUUGCCGGACCGCUGGAAUUCAGUCUUGGCGCGAAGUGGUCAGAUUUUGACCGUGACACCGACGGUUUGGUGGGCAUCCAGGCGUUUACCGGCCAGCGCACACAUCUCGAGCCGAGAUUACGCAUGUCACUGCAGCAGCCCUACGGGUUUCUCAAUCUCACAGGCGGCUAUCGCUAUACACGUUACGAUCUUGAGCAGUCCGACCUGGUUGUCGGUGGUGUCCUGCUGGAUGACAGCCCUGAUCGUAAUAUUGGUGUGGCGUCGGUAGAUGGCGGUCUGUUUUUUGAGCGGCCACUGAACUGGUUCGGCCAUGAUCUGAUCCAAACCCUUGAGCCACGUCUGUUUUAUCUGUGGCAGGAAUUUGAUGAGCAGGCAGCGCUACCUUUAUUUGACGCGUCACGCCUGACCUUUGGCUAUUCGCAGCUGUUUCGCGACAACCGCUUCUCCGGCCUUGAUCGCAUCGGCGAUGCAGAUCAGAUUUCUGCUGGGGUCACUACGCGCUUUCUUGCCACCAGUACCGGGCGCGAGUAUUUCCGCUUCAGCGUGGGUGAGAUCUUCUAUUUUGAUGAUCGCGAGGUGACCCUCUCCGGCGCGCCCACGGAAGCUGAUCUGGACAGCUCAUCGGCUAUUGCCGCGGAAACCGCCGCUUCGAUUUAUGGCAACUGGAAAAUCACGGGUAACAUGGUCUGGGAUCCGCAUGAAAAUAAAGUGGAAGAAGGCGGUGCUGGGCUUUCGUAUCAACGUGAUUCCCGCCAUAUUUUCAACCUGGGUUACCGUAACCGGUUCGAUCAGAACAUAGAGCAAACCGAUCUGUCCUUUUACUGGCCAGUGUCGCAGCACUAUUCCAUUCUGGCACGAUGGAACUAUGAUCUGGAAAGUGGUCGUACCAUAGAAGCGUUUGGUGGCGUGGAAUACGCUGAUUGCUGUCUGAAGGUUCGCCUGAUGGCGCGUCGUUUCCUCGACAGCCCAACCGCACAGAAUUUUGAAAACGUCGAAGCAGACAAUGGCGUGUUUCUACAAAUUGUAUUUAAAGGCCUUGCUGGCUUCGGUACUCAGGUCCUGACAACAAUACUGGUGUGCGUCAUUGGCGCGGCCCUACUUUACGUGCCGGCCAACAGCCAUGCCGUGUACAGAGAAAUUGAAGGCAUUGUGGCGGUGGUAGACGAUGAUGUGGUGCUCGCCUCUGAGUUAAAGAGUCGAUACGACCAGGUGAUUCGGCAGAUGCAGUCACAGAAUGCCGCGAUGCCACCCAACGACAUCCUGAUCAGCCAGAUCAUGGAGCGACUGAUUCUGGAAAGCAUUCAGAAGCAGGAGGCCGAGCGUCGCGGUAUCCGCAUAGAUGAUGAAACUCUGACCAGAGCGGUCAUGUCCUUUGCACAGGGCAACAACAUGUCCCUUGAGCAGUUUCAGCAGGCGCUUGCGGCAGAUGGUGUCAGCUAUCGAGAGUUUCGCGAAGAGAUACGCACCGAGAUGGCUAUUACCCGGCUGCAGCGAAAUCUGAUCAAUCGCAGAAUUUCGAUUACCGAUCAGGAAGUUGAGGGCCUGCUCAAUUCGCCGUUUUAUAAAGAAAUGUUUUCAGAUGAGUAUCGCGUCGGCCAUAUAUUACUGUCGUUAGAAGAGCGUGCUUCGGAAGAGGUGGUAGACGCGGCGUUGGCUGAAGCGAGCGAUAUUGUUAAACAGCUGCGUGAAGGUGCCGACUUUGCACAGAUGGCGAUUGCCAAGUCGUCCAGCAGCCGGGCUUUAGAAGGUGGUGAUCUGGGUUGGCGUAAAGCAGGUGAGCUCCCCAGCCUGUUUGCUGAGCAGGUGCUUGAGCUUGACGUGGAUGGCAUUGCCGACCCUAUCAAAACCUCAGGUGCAAUCCAUAUUAUCAAGCUGUUGGAAAGACGUGGCGCGGGUGUGCAGAAAGUUGUUGAAACCAAUGUGCGUCAUAUUCUGGUGCAACCUUCAGAGAUCCGCUCCCCGGAAGAAACCGUGGCCCUGAUACAGGACAUCAAACGUCAGUUAGACGAAGGGGCCGACUUUGCGGAGCUGGCAAAAGAACACUCGCAGGAUCCCGCCAGUGCUUUGAAUGGUGGCGAUCUGGGAUGGGCAUCACCUGAUCAGUUUGUGGGUCAGUUUGGGGAAAUUAUGGAACGCACGGCCAAAGGCGGUAUGAGCGAGCCGUUCCUUACGCAGUUUGGCUGGCACAUCCUGCAGGUACUGGAUCGCCGCGAAGAAGAUAUGAGCGAUGAGGCUCGCGAGAAUAUGGCCGUCGAAAUCCUGCACAAACGCCGCUUUGAAGAAGAGCAGCAGGAUAUGUUAGCGAUAACGCCUGGAGAGCCUGCCGGCAUUGGCCCGGACCUGGUCAUUCGGCUGGCUCAGCACAAACGCGCGCAGGGCUGGGUAGUACUGGCUGAUGCGCAGAUGCUGGCUGCCAGGGCUCAGCAGCUCGCUUUACCCCUGACCAUUGAUGACAACCACGCCCAGCCCAGUUGUGCUGCGAGCCACCUCACGGUGCGUCAUAUACCCCUGGCUAAUCCUGCGAUACCUGGUCAGUUGGACUGUGGCAAUGUUGCAGGCGUGCUCGCCGCUCUGGAUGCGGCCAUUCAAGGGUGCCUGGAGGGGAUGUACACAGGCCUGGUCACCGGACCGAUGCAGAAGUCUAUUGUUAAUGAGGCAGGCAUCGCCUUCAGCGGGCAUACAGAAUACCUCGCUGAUGCCGCGGGUGCUGAUGAUGUUGUCAUGUUGCUGGUAGCUGGUGAGCUGCGAGUUGCGCUGGCGACCACUCAUGUCCCCUUGAGCCAGGUGCCAACCUCACUGACAAAGGCGCUGCUUGCGCGCCGCUUAACAAUCCUCAACGCAGGGUUACAGAAGUUUUUUGGCAUACAGGAUCCGCAUAUUCUGGUUGCCGGGUUGAACCCGCAUGCGGGAGAGAGCGGGCAUCUGGGUCGCGAAGAAAUAGAGACGAUUACCCCUGUACUGGAAAGUCUGCGCGGACAGGGGCUCAGGUUAAGCGGUCCCCUGCCGGCGGAUACGUUGUUUACCCCUCGACAUCUCAAAGACGCUGAUGCUGUGAUGGCCAUGUUUCACGAUCAGGGUUUGCCGGUGCUGAAGUACGCGGGGUUCGGCGAGGCGGUUAACGUUACUCUGGGUCUGCCCUUUGUGCGUACGUCGGUAGACCACGGUACUGCUUUGGAUCUGGCCGGCACUGACGCUGUUGAUACCGGCAGUAUGGCGGCUGCGCUUAAGUUGGCCGGCGUGCUUACCGACCAUCUGUUUGAGAUUGGUCCUGGUCAUGGCGCGCUAACCGACCUGUUGGCAGACACCCCAGCGUUGUAUCGCGCUGUCGAGAUUGAUCGGGAUCUGGCGCCAAUGCUGCGUGCAAGGCAUCCGAAUCUGCAGGUCAUUGUUGAUGACGUCUUGCGUGUGAAUCUUAAAGAAAUUCUGGAUGGCGAUGUGCCCUGGCGAUUGCUCGGUAAUCUGCCGUACAACAUUUCGUCUCCGCUGCUUGCUACCCUGACCCAGUUUGUAGAAGCCCAGCCAGGGCAGAUAGCGGAUAUGCAUUUCAUGUUGCAGCGGGAGAUGGCUGAACGUCUGAGCGCCUUGCCCGGCACCAAAGCCUGGGGCAGACUCAGUGUCAUGGUGCAACUGCGGUUUGACGUUGGGCACGUUUUCGACGUGGGGCCUGAGGCGUUCAGUCCACCGCCUAAGGUCUGGUCCAGUAUCAUACGUCUGAUUCCGAGAAAGAAUGUGGAUGCCGGCGUGGACCUGGCGGUUCUCGACAGAGUGUUAAGACUGGCGUUUUCCGGGCGGCGUAAACGGCUGUCCAACUCGUUGAAAGUGCUGGAGCUCGAUUGGUCGACCAUCGACCUGGAUCCGGGUCUGCGCGCUGAUAACGUGGCCCGCGACGAAUACGUCAUGCUGGCAAGGCAGGUGGCCACCCAGGUUGAAGUGUCCGUGGUCACCCAUUAUGUAGAGGCCCAGUCUGAUCCGACGGAAGAGCGAUUUGUUUUUGCUUAUACCAUCACCAUCACUAACAACGGCACGCAAUCAGCACAACUCAUGAGCAGACAUUGGAUCAUCACAGAUGCCAGUGGUGAGGUGGAAGAAGUGCGCGGUGAGGGUGUGGUUGGCAAACAACCUUUGCUGGCACCGGGUGAAUCUUUUGAAUACACCAGCGGUGCAAUUCUCAAGACACCGGUGGGUGCCAUGCAGGGGGCAUAUACUUUUCGCGACACCAACCAGGCUUCUUUCAAUGUGCCUAUUGCUGCGUUCUCCCUGUCCAUACCUAAUCUGGUGCACUGA